GAGAGAGAGGGAGAGAGGGAGAGAGGGAAGGGAAAAAAAAGCAACAGCGGAGGGAGCGGCGGCGGAGGAGAGCGCGCGCGCGCCCCCCUCCCUCCCUCCCUCCCUCCCCCUCCCCCCAAUUUCCACCGCGGCCAAUUCAUGGACAGGAACUACCCCAGCGCCGGCUUCGGGGACCCGCUCGGCGCCGGGGCGGGAUGGAGUUACGAGAGGUCAGCGAAAGCUAGCUUGGUUUAUGGCAGCUCCAGGACCUCGCACCCCGAGACGGACAUCUUACACCGCCAGGCCUACGCGGCCCCCCACCCACUGCAAAGCUAUGCCACCAACCACCACCCGGCAGGCCUCUCUGGACUCUUCGACACCGGCCUCCAUCACGCAGGCUCAGCAGGGCCCGACGCCUCCGUCAUGAACCUCAUCUCGGCCCUGGAGUCCCGGGGCCCCCAGCCUGGUCCUUCUGCCUCUUCUCUCCUCUCCCAGUUCCGCAGUCCUUCCUGGCAAACAGCCAUGCACACGCCAGGCCCCACGGAGCUCUUCAUCUCAGGCGCCCUGCCGGGUUCCAGCACCUUUCCAUCCUCCUCUGCCCUGUCGGCCUAUCAGCACCCGGCUUCUUUUGGCAGCCGCCCCUUCCCAGUACCCUCUUCCCUCAGCCUCCAGGACCCCCCAUUUAGUCCCCCAGCUAAUGGGCUCUUGUCCCCUCAUGACGUGCUGCACCUGAAGCCCUCGCAGGCACCCACGGUGCCCUCCUCGCUAGGCUUUGAGCGCCUGGCGGGGGGUGGUGUCCUGGGGCCCGCUGGUCUCGGCCCAGCCCAAACCCCUCCUUACCGCCCGGGCCCCCCAGAUCCACCCCCACCUCCCCGCCACCUCCCAACUCAGUUCAACCUGCUGGCUUCCUCUUCCGCUGCUGCUGCCGCCGCCGCCGAGCAAUCCUCUCCCCAGCUCUACAACUUCUCGGGUGCUGCCCCCGGCCCGCCGCCACCCGAGCGGGCCCUGCCCCGCCAGGACACCGUCAUCAAGCACUACCAGCGGCCAGCCAGUGCCCAGCCCCCACCACCACCAGCCCAUGCCCUCCAGCACUACCUGAGCUGCGGAGGCAGCUACGCCUCCAUGGGCCACCGGGCCAACUUGGCCUGCAGCCCCCUGGGCGGUGGGGAGCCCUCCCCGGGUGCUGGCGAGCCUAGCAAGGCUGGGCCCAGUGGAGCCACGGCCGGAGCAUCGGGCCGGGCUGCGGGCCCCGAGGCAGCUGGAGGAGGUGGGGCGGCGGGUGGCGGUGGAGGUUACCGCCCCAUCAUUCAGUCGCCUGGUUACAAGACGGGCAAAGGUGGUUAUGGGGCAGCUGCCGGCGGUGCCAACAGGCCCCCACCACCCCGUUCGACUGCCACGCCCAAAUGCCAGAGCCUGGGUGGACCAGCAGCAGCCUACGCCGCUGGCAAGGCCUCUGGGGCUGGGGGGGCGGGAGGCCAGGCCUAUUCCCCUGGUCAGCCCCAAGGGCUUCUAGGACCCCAGGCCUAUGGGCAAGGGUUUGGAGGGGGUCAAGCGCAGGACUUGAGCAAAGGCCCUAGCUACUCAGGGGGGCCCCAGCAGCCCCCUAGUGGUCCCCCGCCUCCUGGCCUAGCCACAUGUCAGAGCUAUUCCCCAGACCAGCUGCAAGGGCAGCUAUAUGGGGUGCAGGGUGAGCCGUACCCAGGGCCAGCUGCCCACUCCCAGGGGCUGCCCACAGCCAGCCCCUCGCUCAGCUACAGUACUGGCCAUUCCCCAGCACUCUCAGGCCAUGGAGGUGGUUGGGGGCCCAGCUCCCUGGGGGGCGGCGGAGAGGCCAGCCCUUCUCACAUCAUCCGCCCGCUGCAGUCGCCUCCAGCCCCCGGCCGCCCGCCUGGAGUCGGCUCUCCGGGAGCUCCUGGCAAAUACCUGAGCUCUGUCCUGGCCUCAGCCCCGUUCCUGGCACCCCCAGGAGCCGGCAGCUAUGCCGCUGGAGCAGGUGGCUACAAGGGCAAGGGGGACGGCUCAGAGCUGCUGGCGGGCCCCGGCGGGCCUCCCGCUGAGCGCACCGAGGAUGAAGAAUUCCUCAUCCAGCACCUCCUGCAGGCGCCCAGCCCCCCGAGGACCUCAGGGGCAGAUGGCCUGGUGGGCGAAGAUGGGGCGGCGGAUGCCUCCAAGGGACUUGGGAGUGGCGGGGCUGGGGGUCCCCCGGGCACACCCUACGAGCUGGCCAAGGAAGACCCGCAGAGGUACCAUCUGCAGAGCGUCAUCCGUACCAGCGCCAGCCUUGACGAGGGUGCCACGGCGGCCCUGGAGCUGGGCCUGGGGAGGCUGAAGGAGAAGAAGAAAGGGCCAGAACGGGGUGGCGAGACCCCCGAGGGGCUGGCCACCUCAGUUGUCCACUAUGGGGCAGGUGCCAAGGAGCUGGGGGCCUUCCUCCAGAAGAGCCCUCCACCCCCAACUCCCACAGCCCAGUCUGCCCAGCCUGCCCCCCACGGCCUCCUCCUAGAGGCCGGGGGCCCUGACCUCCCACUGGUGCUUCCCCCCCCCCCCCCCCCCCCGCCCCCNNCCCCGCCCCCCCCACCUCCACCACCCAUGCCCCUCCAGCUCGAGGCCCACCUCCGCAGCCAUGGCCUGGAGCCGGGUGCCCCCAGCCCCCGCCUGCGACCUGAGGAGAGCCUGGAGCCACCCGGCACCAUGCAAGAAUUGCUCGGGGCCCUGGAGCCGCUGCCACCUGGGCCUGGUGACACUGGUGUGGGCCCACCUAACACCGAGGGCAAGGAUCCCUCGGGGGCCUACCGCAGCCCUAGCCCACAAGGCACCAAGGCUCCCCGCUUUGUGCCACUCACCUCCAUCUGCUUCCCUGACUCCCUGCUGCAAGACGAGGAGCGCAGCUUCUUCCCCACCAUGGAGGAGAUGUUUGGCGGCGGCCCCGCAGAUGACUAUGGGAAGGCUGGGCCGCCCGAGGACGAGGGCGAUCCCAAGGCGGGGCCUGGGCCGCCUCCGGGCCCCCCUGCCUAUGAUCCCUAUGGGCCCUACUGCCCUAGUCGGGCGUCUGGAGCCGGUCCCGAGACUCCGGGCCUGGGCCUGGACCCCAGCAAGCCGCCUGAGCUGCCCUCCACCGUCAACGCCGAGCCUCUGGGCCUGAUCCAGAGUGGGCCCCACCAGGCGGCCCCCCCGCCCCCACCUCCCCCACCCCCGCCGCCACCCCCUGCCUCGGAGCCCAAGGGAGGCCUGACCUCGCCCAUCUUCUGCUCUACCAAGCCAAAGAAGCUGCUUAAGACGUCGUCCUUCCACCUGCUGCGGCGCCGUGACCCGCCUUUCCAGACGCCCAAGAAGCUGUACGCCCAGGAGUACGAGUUCGAGGCCGACGAGGACAAGGCCGAUGUGCCUGCCGACAUCCGCCUCAACCCCCGGCGCCUGCCUGACCUGGUGUCCAGCUGCCGCUCCCGUCCGGCUCUCUCACCGCUGGGCGACAUUGACUUCUGUCCACCCAACCCGGGCCCCGAUGGGCCCCGGCGCCGUGGCCGCAAGCCCACCAAGGCCAAGCGUGAUGGGCCACCCCGGCCCCGGGGGAGACCCCGGAUUCGCCCACUGGAGGUGCCCGCCACCGCUGGGCCAGCCUUGGCCUCCACCCCUGCUGAUGGGGCCAAGAAACCCCGGGGCCGGGGCCGGGGCCGGGGCAGGAAGGCCGAGGAGGCCGGGGGCACUCGGCUGGAGCCCCUGAAACCACUGAAGAUCAAGCUGUCUGUGCCCAAGGCCGGCGAGGGUCUGGGGGCGUCAUCGGGCGAUGCCGUGUCGGGAGCUGACCACAACAGCCUGGACUCCAGCCUCACUCGGGAGAAGAUCGAGGCCAAGAUCAAGGAGGUGGAGGAGAAACAGCCCGAGAUGAAGUCCGGCUUCAUGGCCUCGUUCCUGGACUUUCUCAAGUCAGGCAAGCGCCAUCCACCGCUCUACCAGGCCGGCCUGACACCCCCGCUCAGCCCCCCCAAGAGCGUGCCGCCCUCUGUGCCGGCCCGGGGCCUGCCUCCCCAGCCCCCCGCGGCGCCUACCGUGCCACAGCCCCCACCCGCCGGCACCUUUGGGCUGGGGGGUGCGCUGGAGGCCGCCGAGAGCGAGGGGUUGGGGCUCGGCUGCCCUUCGCCCUGCAAGCGGCUGGACGAGGAGCUGAAACGGAACCUCGAGACCCUGCCCUCCUUCUCGUCGGACGAGGAAGACUCUGUCGCCAAGAACCGGGACCUGCAGGAGAGCAUCUCCUCGGCCAUCUCCGCCCUCGACGACCCGCCACUGGCUGGGCCUAAGGACACCUCCACCGCGGAUGGGCCCCCCUUGGCUACUGAGGCUGCAGUCCCCGGGCCACCCCCUCUCCCGGGGCUCCCCAGUGCCAGCAGCAGUGGCACACCUGAGCCCCCGCUGCUGGAGGAGAAGCCCCCGCCCUCGCCGCCCCCCGCCCCGACGCCCCAGCCGCCGCCCCCGACGCCGGCCCUGCCCUCGCCACCCCCUCUGGUGGCCCCCACGCCCAGCUCGCCGCCCCCACCGCCCGUGCCAGUCCCACCGGCCCUGCCCUCGCCGCCCGCCCCGCCGCCCCUGCCCCCCGCCGCCCCUGCCCCCCCUCCGGAGGAGCCUGCCGCCCCGUCCCCCGACGACCCCGAGCCGCCAGACGCCCGGCCCCUGCACCUGGCCAAGAAGCAGGAGACCGCGGCCGUGUGUGGGGAAACAGACGAGGAGGCUGGCGAGAGCGGUGGGGAGGGCAUCUUCCGGGAGCGCGACGAGUUCGUCAUCCGCGCCGAGGACAUCCCUUCCCUCAAGCUGGCGUUGCAGACGGGGCGUGAGCCUCCACCCAUCUGGCGAGUCCAGAAGGCACUGCUGCAGAAAUUCACUCCGGAGAUCAAGGACGGGCAGCGGCAGUUUUGUGCCACCAGUAAUUAUUUGGGGUAUUUUGGGGACGCCAAAAACCGGUACCAGCGCCUUUACGUCAAGUUUCUGGAAAACGUCAACAAGAAGGAUUACGUGAGGGUCUGUGCUCGGAAACCCUGGCACCGGCCUCCAGUGCCUGUCAGACGCUCUGGGCAGGCCAAGGGCCCCGCAUCUGCCGGGGGCAGCUCCGCACCUCCCCCCAAGGCCCUGGCACCACCUCCUAAGCCCGAGACCCCUGACAAGACAACAUCCGAGAAGCCCCCAGAGCAGACGCCCGAGACGGCCGUGCCUGAGACCCCCGCCCCUGAGAAGCCAUCCCUGCCUCGGCCCAUGGAGAAGGAGAAAGAGAAGGAGAAAGAGAGGGCAACGCGUGGGGAACGGCCGCUGCGGGGUGAGCGGGGCACAGGCGGCCGGCAGAUUCGGCCAGAUCGGAGCCUCACCACGGGACAGCCCGCCACCUCCCGGCUGCCCAAGUCCCGGCCCACCAAGGUGAAGGCUGAGCCGCCCCCCAAGAAGAGGAAGAAGUGGCUGAAGGAGGCGGCAGGCAACGCCUCGGUGGGUGGGGGCCCACCAGGCAGCUCCUCGGACUCAGAGUCAUCCCCCGGGGCGCCCAGUGAGGACGAGCGGGCAGUACCUGGGCGUCUGCUGAAGACCCGGGCGAUGCGGGAGAUGUACCGGAGCUACGUGGAGAUGCUGGUGAGCACAGCACUCGACCCGGAUAUGAUCCAGGCCCUGGAGGACACACAUGACGAGCUGUACCUCCCGCCCAUGCGGAAGAUCGAUGGCCUCCUGAAUGAGCACAAGAAGAAAGUCCUAAAGCGGCUGUCGCUGAGCCCAGCCCUGCAGGACGCCCUGCACACGUUCCCCCAGCUGCAAGUGGAGCAGAGUGGGGAGGGUUCCCCUGAGGAGGGGGCCGUGCGUCUGCGGCCGGCCGGGGAACCCUACAACCGCAAGACGCUCAGCAAGCUCAAGAGGAGCGUGGUCAGAGCCCAGGAGUUCAAGGUUGAGCUGGACAAGUCGGGAUACUACACGCUCUACCACUCACUCCACCACUAUAAGUACCACACCUUCCUGCGCUGCCGGGACCAGACCCUGGCCAUCGAGGGCGGCGCUGAGGACCUGGGCCAAGAGGAGGUGGUCCAGCAGUGCAUGCGGAACCAGCCAUGGCUGGAACAGCUCUUUGACUCCUUCAGCGACCUGCUGGCCCAAGCACAGGCCCACAGCCGCUGCGGGUGACCCCACCCUGGCUUGGAGGGGCCACCUCCUCCAUAAACAGAAUUGGGACAGAACUGUGCCCUCAGGAGCUAACCCCUGGGCCCCAUCGCUGGGGUGGGGUGGGGGGGUCAUUGGUCAGGGUGUGUCCAUGCUACCCCCACAGGACAGGGUUCAAAGUUCGACUCCCCCCAUCUCCCAAGCCCUCUCCACUCCCUCCCAUUCCUCCCACUGUCCGGUGUACAGAGAAAUUAUUUAUAUAUAUGUAUAAAUGUCUAUUUAGUAACGGUUUCCCUCCCCCACCUUGCCCCAAUCCCCCCUCCAUGGCAUAGCCCCAGCCCCCUCCACCUUGUACAUAAUGUAUAGGAAAAGUCUAUGUAUGGUUGAGGGGGGCGGGGCGGCUUCGGAGAGCUGGGGGACCCCUUCCCCCCAAUCCCCCCCUCACAGGCCAAGAUCUUUGCUAAAGGCCAUUCCCUCCCCAGGGCAUUUGGUGUCGGGUGGGAGGGGGAAAACACAUCUUGUUAAUUAUUUUUAAUCUUAUUUAUUGUACAUACCUAGGGCGGGGGGCUGGGGAGGUGGAGGGGGGAGAAGGGUCCCCUCUCUUUGCCCCUCCCACUCCUUUUCUACUGCGAUUUGUCUGUGUCUGCCCCCCCCGCCCCCAUCCCAUUGUCAUCUGGAUGUGGUUCUAUUUUUUAUCAGUCUCUUCUCCCCUUCUCCCUCUCUCUAACCCCUCUGCUCCCAUCUCCCCACCACCCUUUGUCUCUUGCUCUUUCUUGGGCUUCUGUACAACUCAACUUGUAUACACUGUGUACACACAACCAGCCAAACGAAAACCCAACGGCAAACACUUUAUCGGCUGGCUGGAGUGCCUCUGUCCUGCGGCAUGUUGGGGGGCCAGGGUGUGGCAUGGGCAGAAGGUCUGGAUCUGGCUUUUCUGGAGCCCUGGGACAUGGUUGGGCUGGGGUCAUUGUAUCCAUUAUGUCUUGCUGUGUAACAAAUCAGCCCACCCCAAAACUUAAUAACGUGAAAACAACAAACAUUUAUCAUCAUCGGGUUUCUGAGGAUGAGGAAUUUGGGAGCAGGUUAGCUGGGUGGUACUGGCCUGAGGUCAGUCGUGAGGGUGCAGUCAUCAUGGAUUUGACUGGGGUUGAAGGAUCUACUUUUAAGGUGGCUCACUCGUGUGGCUGUUGGCUGGAGGCCUCAGUUCCUUGCCAUGUGGACCGCGCCAUAGGGUGGCGGUGGCUUGAGAGUCUUCCAGAUGUGGCAGCUGCUUCCCUCAGAGUGAAUGAGUGAGGGGAGAGAGCAAGGAGGAAGCCACUCAAUCUUUAUGUCCUAAUCUCGGCCAUUGUACACCAUUGCUUCUGCCACACUCUUCAUUAGAGGAGGGUCAUUAAGCCCAGCAUACACUCAAGGAGGAGAAUCAAGGUCUACUUUGUGAAGGGAAAAGAAUAUGAAUUUUGGGGUGUAUUUUUAAACCAGUACAGGCAGUGAUGGGUGUUGUGAGUUAACCAGCUUUCUCUUGGCUCCCUGAGAUAGGCUUGAGGGGGGGUGGGUCUCUGUUCUCAAACCCUGAAACUACAAGGUCACGAGUGGAUUGGCAUUUUAGAGGUCGGCCUGCAGAGUUGAAUGUGGAUUUCUGUCUUCUCAUGCCUUCUUAGAGCCCUUGAAGAGCUUGUGGAGAUGUAGACUCAUGGGCUGUUGCUCAGCUCUAUUGAGUCAGAACCCAUUUUUUAAUAAAACCCUGGGAGGAUUCUACCAUACAUUCAAGUUUGAGGAACGAUGUUCUAGAAUAAGGGUGUUAAAAAUUUGGAGGUUGGGAAUUACCUGGUGGUCCAGUGGUUAGGACUCGGUGCUUUCACUGCAGUGGCCUGGGUUCAAUCCCUGGUUGGGAAACUAAGAUCCUCAAGUCAAAAAAAAAAAGUGUGGAGGUCAACUGGCAGUCUACUAGAACCCAGCCUAUAAGGUAGUGAGUACUUAGUCGUUGUUCUAGAGCCUGGACACAUCCUCAAAGAUAGACCAUUGGUAUUCUUGAACUCUGGACUUGGCAUUGAAGAUGGCUGGUCAGUAGGUAAAGACCAAACAUGAUAUUUAAGGGUGGAUCAUCAGGGACUUCCCUGGUGGUACAGUGGUUAAGACUCCACACUCCCAAUGCAGGGGGCUCAGGUUCGAUCCCUGGUCAGGGAACUAGAUCCCACAUGCAUGCCGCAACUGAAGAGUGCAUGCCGCAACUAAGGAGCCGGCGAGUUGCAACUAAGGAGCUCACCUGCCGCAACUAAGACCCAGUGCAACCAAAUAAAUAUUUUUUUAAAAAGGCGUGGGGAGUGGAUCAUCAGCGUUCUAGAUUCUCUUCUGGGUGAAACUGAGGAAGAACCCCUGUUCUAGAACCUUGGAUAUUGGCUAGACCAUAACCAAUGUUAUCAAUUCUAGAGCCCUGGUUUUACAGGUCAGAGGAGUGAUAGUAGCAUUUGAGGACCGCAAGAGAGUGAAUGAUGGGCCAUUUUCUUUCUAGAGUAAAGAUGC